AAGACAGCAGGACGAGAGAAGUGUUCCAGUCGGUGGUCGACCGCGUUCGAUUAGAUCAGUACCGUCUAUUUUGUUCGGCUUUAUGACGCGUUUAAUAUAUUUUUUCUCUAGAGACGUCAAGGUCACGAACAUACAUUACAAAGAGACGGUUUCUAGCUGAUUUCUUAUUUGUUAAACGUAAGAAACGAAAAAGAAAUAAAAGUUAAGAAAGAGAGAGAGAAAGGAGAGACCCAUUGUGGGGAUAACAAUAUCAAAACAGGUAGAGCAAGAGGUGCGGCAAGGAAUAUCUAAAUAUAAACAAAGGAUCAAAAUGUCGAACGAAAAUAGAAUCGAUAUUGAAAAACCGUACUGGGAUCAAAAUACUUUUCGUGGAAGGGCUUUGCACUUUCUAACAGUCACCAAUCCUUUGAAUGUUUUCGCACCUAACAAAGCACUCGAGCAUGCUCGAAAUAUCGUCACGAAAUACAGGAACGGAGAAACCCUCGCGAAAUUAGGAAUCAACGAAGAAGAGCUAUGGAAACAAAAAUAUUUGUUCGACAGUGCUUAUCACCCGGAUACCGGUGAAAAAAUGAUCAUAAUUGGUCGUAUGAGCGCCCAAGUGCCAAUGAACAUGACCAUAACCGGUUUGAUGAUGACAUUUUACAAAUCAACACCAGCCGUGAUAUUUUGGCAAUGGUUUAACCAAUCGUUCAAUGCCAUAGUAAACUAUACGAAUCGAAGUGGUAAGACUCCGAUUCCAAAGGAAACAUUAAUUCAAAGUUAUAUUGGCGCAACUGGAGGCGCAGUGAUAACGGCUUUAAGUUUGAACAGACUCGCACGACAUGGCCCGGCCUUGGUCGGUCGUCUGGUUCCAUUGGCGGCUGUGGCUGCGGCGAAUUGCGUUAACAUUCCAUUAAUGAGAAUUACCGAACUUCAAAAUGGUAUUGAGUUACAGAAUGAGUCCGGCAUAGAGGUCGGCAAAAGCAAGUCAGCGGCUCAAAAGGCGAUCGCAACCGUCACGCUAUCGCGUAUUCUUAUGGCUUCGCCCAGUAUGGUACUCUCGCCUAUCAUAAUGAACUACAUAGAGAAACGAAAUAUAUUACAAAAAGUUAAAUGGGCUUCUGCACCGAUUCAAGUCAUUAUUUGCGGAAUUUGUUUAACGUUUGCCACACCACUCUGUUGUGCUCUUUUCGUUCAACGAGUACCAAUCAGUGUGGACAAGCUGGAACCCGAAGUCCAAGAAGAGAUACGAUCUCGAGAUCCUGACGUUCAAACGGUCUACUAUAAUAAAGGCCUGUAAUUAGGAAUUCAAAGAAUCGCUUCGGAUGAGUACACACUGUCUUAAUUAAGGAAACAUCAAAUCAAAAGUAACACAAUAAUACGUAACUGAUUAAAUAACUAAUCAUUAGCCAUCUCUGGAAGUGAAGGGAUUGUACAAAAGUUUAUACUGUCAGUUAUGCAUAUACAUUCCAAAAACAUUCCAUGUAAAAGUAUUAAUUAUUAACUCGAUCAUCGAUCUCUAAUUUUCGAAUUAUCUAAGUUCAAAGAAAUAACAAAGACAAUAAAGAGAAGACUUCAAUAAA